UUAACAACGCAGUUGGAGGUUGUAUUGACUGACUUGAGCAACAAAAUACCCUAUUUGCGGCAAGUUUUUCGGCCAGAAUAUGCUCCGUAUCUGAACACAAUUGCAGCAAUAUUGCUUGGAUGGUUAUUUGUGUCUUGGAUAUUUCAUUUAAUCUGGAUAUUAUUUACUCCGUUGAUAUUAAGUGCUAUUGCCAUAGCACUAAUGUGUCCAUCGACAAGCAAAUGGUGUUUUCAGCAAUUGGCAAUAAAUUUGGAAGAGAUAAUGAAUGAUUUUAUCCAUAAAUUUCAAACAUCUCGAUAAUGACAUCGAUGAAAUCUGAUUUAACUUUAUUUCUAAAUUAUUUAAAUAUCUAUUUCUAUGCACUUAUAUCAGAAAUUGUCAUUUAUUUACUGCAAAACUAUUAAUAAAUUAAAUAGGUAUUUUUAAUAUUUGCAGAAAAUAUACAUAAGUUAUAAAAUUAACUAAAAAUUGCAAAAUUUAAAUAAUUAAAUUUUUAUAUAAACUAUAUUUAAUAAUAUGUAACGUUUUGCAGAACACCUUCAAGUUCUUUAUCUAACGACCUGAACUUGCCGUGAAAAUGAAAUGAAACGUUUCGAAAAAUUACGCUUAAUCUUGAAUUUGACAAUUUCUAAAGUUUUCAAGCACAUGAUCAGAAAAAUUGCGUGUGUAAAUAUGUGUCAUGGUGAAGAAGAAUUAUACGAGAAAGAAAACAUAUGACAGAAAAAUUACGGAAAUGGGAGUGCAGAAUUCGAAACGGUGAGUAACUCAAGAUUAUUAUUACUUAGUACCUAAUUGAAGAGAGAUAGACUUUUUUAUUAUAUUGCUAAAACAAUUUCACAUAUUUAUUGAAAUUGAUAAUAUAUUUACAAUAUUUAGAAAAGUUAAAAAACGAUUCCACAAUCAAAUA